AUGGCCAGAAGAGGCAGCGUCGGCGGGAUCGGGGACCUGGUGGACAUGGGACCAUAUGUAGGUACGGGCGAAGCCCACACACCACUGGUGGACGCUGGUCCAUUGGGGGCGUCGUUCGCUGCUUCCACGAACCAGGAGGAGGAGGAGGGACGAAGAUAUGAAGAGACGAAGGAACCAAGAGGUAGCAUCGAGAAGCCCAAGCGGAGGUGGUGCGACGUCGGAAAAAACAUGAUUCAGCAUUCCGUACCUUCCCUCCGUGACGUCGGCCCAGAAACGCGACAAGAACCAUCAACAAGGCCAGGAAGGAGCCAGACGAGGGAGAAUGAAACCCCAAAGUCGUCCGCCUCAGGCACACAUUUUCGGGCACACUCAGGCACCGUUCAGGCGCUCCUCAGGCACACCACAACACCACGAAAAGAAGCAGGAAAUAACCACGCGAGCACGAUGCUCCCGAUAGCCAUGCUCGAUGCUAGCACGGCUUGGUGCAAGUUCGCGAAAGCCGCCGCUUCCAUGGCCCAUGUGGUUGUCCGGGAUUGGCCUAUCACGAUUCUGCGCCCCAAGAGCCUGACCCGGCAUAUUCGUGGGCCGACGACUUCAUCAACGGGACUAGGAGACGGUCUUCCGGACAAGUACCCAGGCAGCAUUCUAAUACUAUGGCAAAUCCACAUCCCGGAGCGCUACAGGUUCCAGUACGAAGCUCUUGGCUUCUACGUGGAUAGCACGAGUACGGUCAAGUCGCCCAAAGUCACAGUCAACAACGCUGCUUGA